AUGUCACGUGUUAAGAGACAGAAACUUUCUGUCAUUUUACGUUUUGCCCCUAAAUUCUUUUUUUAUUUUUCGUUUUCCACUCUGAAACAGUGAAACUUUGCUCGUUCUUCUUCUUCGUCUUCGUCUUCGUCUUCUAACCCUCAAUUCUGCUUUCGAAGUCAAAAAUAUCACUUGAGGAUGGCGAAUCAUAACAGUAGGCACACUAUCAUCUUGUUGCAAAACAGUCCCAACAGAGCAACCAGGACGUUUAUGGACUAUGAUUCUAUAGGCCAAGCUAUGGAUGGUAUUUGCGGCUUAUACGAAAGGAAGUUGAAGGAAAUUAACCCAUCUCUCAGGAAUCUUAGUUAUGACAUUGCUGAUCUUUACAAUUUUAUCGAUGGUCUCGCUGACAUGAGCGCUUUGGUCUAUGAACACUCGAUGAAUGCGUAUCUGCCAUAUGACAGGCUGUGGAUUAAGCAGAAGGCAUUUAGCCAUCUUAAGAGACUUGCCAAUGGAUCCAGAUGAAAAAGAAGAAGAAGAAGAAGAAGAAGAUAUAUAAAACUUGAGAGAGGCCACUCAAAACAUCAUCAGCCGCUAUAUAAUAAUGUACAACAAGAUAAUAUGUGGAUUUAAAGAGAAUGAUGUUGUGGUCAUUGGAUGUGUUUAUAACAUUAAGUAACUUAUAUGCUAUCCAAAUUUUAUGCAUUAUUAUCUGUCCAAACACCUGCAGCCCUAGAUUCAUUUUUAUUACUUUCAAAACUUAAUCGCAUGAUUUACUAGGGAUCUCUUCUCGUACAGUUG